AGAGUGAAGGGGAACAAGUCAGAAGAGGGGAAGAGGGGAAGAAUGCUAUGUUGUCAGGAUGCAGGACAACAACACUGCAUGGAAGGUGGAAGAAUCUGCAUAUUUAUUAUGACUGUGAUUAUAUCUACUUUGCUUUAAAUACAAUAAUAGAUAGAUAAUUCAACAACAUCAGGAUAAUCAAGAUAAUCAGGAUAAAGAUACAAGAAGAUACAAGCUGUUCCCCUCAUACUGAUAAGCAGAUCGACAUUGACCCACUUGGAAGCUCGCGUUUUCCACUCCAACAACUUGCCAGAUUCUUCCCUCUCAAUCUCCCUACGAUGUGAUCACUGCGAUGCCUCAUCAAUGCUAAUGCUAAUAUAAUAUAAUAUACUAAUUUAAUAAAAAUGCCUGCAGAACAACCUCUCUCAGAAGAAGCCGCUGCCUCUCCAGUCCCUCCCACCAAAGAGAACAGCCUCAACACCAACGCCUAUCCCCAACCUCUCUCGGAAACCACUGCUCCUCCUCCCAUCUCUCACGAUGCAGAACAGCGCAAUCUCUGGGCUCCAACAACAGCCUACGCGCCUCCCAUCGAACCGACUGAGCCCAAACCCAUCACAGAACCUCUGUCCGCGCAGGCCACCCACCUCUUCACCCUCUCCUAUCUGGUCUUUUUCGCCAUCUUUGGCACUUUGGCUCGUCUCGGAUUACAAGCCCUCACUUUCUAUCCUGGUGCGCCUGUCGUGACGGGUGUGUUGUGGGCUAAUGUCGGGGGUAGUCUGGUGAUGGGUUUCUUCCUCGAAGACAAGAACCUCUUCGCCGAGGAAUGGGGAAAUAUCAAACACAGGGGGGAACCAGCGAGCGAACACGAAAAGCACGAACGGGAAAAGAAGCACAAAGCAGUCAAAAAGACCAUCCCGCUGUAUAUAGGCCUCACCACCGGUUUCUGUGGCUGCUUCACCUCCUUUUCCUCCUUCAUGCGCGACGUCUUCCUGGCUCUCACCAACGCCCUCCCCAGUCCGUCGUCGGAUACCAUCGUCUCGCGCAAUGGCGGAUACAGCUUCAUGGCUCUCGUCGCCGUCAUCCUCAUCACCGUCGCACUCUCUUUAUCCGCUCUCAUCUUCGGCGCGCAUCUCGCUCUCGCCCUCGCCCCAAUCACACCUACCGUUUCAUUCCGGUUUAUGCGCAAAUACAUCGACCCUGUCGUCGUCUUCCUCGGCUGGGGCUGCUGGCUAGGCGCCGUCUUCAUGGCCAUCUGGCCCCCAGAUCGCGGAAACACAACUGAACACUGGCGCGGACGCGCCAUCUUCGCGAUCGUCUUCGCCCCGCUCGGCUGUCUCCUCCGCUUCUACGUCUCGCUGCUUCUCAAUGCGCGCAUUCCGUCCUUCCCGCUGGGUACGUUUACAGUCAACAUCUUCGGAACCGUCAUCGAGGGCAUGUGCUAUGAUCUGCAACACGUGGGUGGGAUCGGAACCGUCCUUACAAGCUGCCAGGUUCUUCAGGGUGUCAUGGAUGGAUUCUGUGGCUCUGUCACGACGGUCAGCACAUGGGUUUCUGAGCUGAACGGUCUGAGUCGUCGUCGCUAUGCUUAUAUCUACGGAGUUUCUAGCGUUGCAGUCGGACUGGGCUUUCUCGUCGUGAUUAUGGGUUCCUUGGGAUGGACAAUCGGAUAUAAGAGUCCGAUUUGUGAAUAACUCAACUAGACUGAUGUACAUACAC